AUGGCGACUAUCAAGCUAGAAAAUUUUCGAGGUUGCUUAGCUCUUGCAGGACAAGCAGUUGACAACUUUGUCAAUACCGACCCAUCGUUCGCAAACCUCAUUCGUUCCGGUGCAUUAAAACCUUCACAAAAACUGUACCACAUUACAGUUAUCACGAAGGAUGAACUCCGCAUGAUCAGCUCAGAACAAAUCCAAAAGAUCACCUCCACCGAGGUGGACCCAAAGUCGUUAUUUUCGUUGGGCAUCGGGGGGAAAGAACAAGCAGGCAUUUAUUGGGUCGUCAUAAUAUGGGCAGCCGGCCAGAAACUACGAAAGCAAGCUGGGCUGCCCCCAAAACACUUCCACAUCACACUAUCCUCGAAUGACAUCCAUGAUGUUGAUAAAGGCAUCAAUUCUCUUAUAUCUCGCGACCUUCCUGAAGUUUCUGGAGUUGAAGCAUUGGACCAUACGAUAUUCACCUUACAACAGUUCGCACAGUACAACGAGGCUACAGAAUAUUCCUCCAGACUUAUUCUUACCGACCCAAACAGUCACAAAGGGUUCCUUCGAAUGGGAGAUGCGUGCUUUGCGAACGGAUCACAUAAAAUUGCUAUGCUUUCGUAUGCAUGCGCGUAUCAACGGUCCGGAGACCAAAAGGUGCAAUCUUAUUGCAUGAAGAAGUUGACUGAAUGUUCCAAAGAAACUGAAUGGGGUCUUGUUUUCCAAGAACACGAAAAAGAGCAGAUCGAAAACCUUUCGGAGAUUUCAUCCCUCUUGUUGAAGCCAUGGUCACAGGACCUGCAGGAAAGACUCAGUGAUCAAGGCAAUACCCCUUCACUCCUCCUGGAGCCCCGACAACCCCUAUAUAUCCCCUCAACAAAGAACAUGGGUGCUAAACUACAUUUCUACAGAUUGCCUCGAUUCUUCCGGUGGCUCAUUCCUUAUCAUUUGGCCAUCAUGUCGACGCCCAAAAACGAAGAUGAUAUAACCGCUCUUGCUUCCGCACCAUUGGGCAUCCGGCACGUUUUAACUCUGACAGAAGAAGAGCCAUUGAGACCUGCAUGGUUCCAAGGCAAAUCCAUAUCCAACACGUUUUUACCCGUGCCAAACUAUUAUCCGCCUUCCAUAGAACAAAUGGAUCUUGUUAUGCGGCUGUUUGAUGAUCAGGACAAGCUUCCUUUGCUAGUACACUGUGGCGGUGGGAAAGGGCGCGCUGGAACAGUGGCGGCAUGCUAUCUGGCAGCAUUUGGUUUCAACAAACCUAGGCACGAUCAAGAUCAUCCUGAGCUUGCAGCAACGGAGGCGAUAUCUUCUCUGCGUGCUUUGCGCCCUGGAAGUCUGGAAACGUCGCGGCAAGAGGAAUUUGUAUCAAGGUGGUGCAGCACCAUAUGGAAGCGGCAAUCUGUGUACCCCGACAUCCCUUCGGAACCUUCUCCCUCGCCGAUGGAGGUUGAAGGAAAGCUGAGUGCCGAUAAUGACCUUUUCGUAUUGGUUGGGCUUCCUGGUUCUGGGAAAUCGUGGUUCUCCAAAUCGUUGAUUUCAAGAGACCCUUCGAAAUGGACACAUAUAUCUCAAGACGACUCAAGAAGCAAAGAAGCAUGCGAGACAGAGAUAGGGAGGUCACCAAAGGGAAAGCAUGUCCUAUUGGACCGUUGCAAUACCUCGGCGGCAGAUCGGAAAAUAUGGCUUGACCUAGCGUCCAAUUGGUGUGUGUCGCCCGUCUGUAUUUUAUUCGACUACAGUCAGGAAUUGUGUACUUCUCGGGCGCAGAUGCGUGCUGGCCAUCCUACCCUUCCUCCAGGAAGCCGUGUGCGCAAUGCGGUGGACCAGAUGCAGAAGAUAUUCAUGAAACCGACUUUGAAAGAAGGGUUCAAGGCUGUCAUCACCGUUCGCUCGUUUGCUGCCGCAGAAGAGGCUGUGCUUAGGUUUUCCUCCCCGGUUUCCAUCCUCAAGUUCCCUCGGACGCCACAUCUUAUCAACACAGGAGCAGCAAGCGCAGAUGACGUACAUACCGACCUCGCUGUCUUUACUAAUACUGCAGCGGGCCAUACAGUCAUCACUGAGAAAAUUGACGGCGCCAACAUGGGUUUCUCUCUGUCCUCAGAUAGAUCGCGAAUAAUCGUACAGAACCGUUCUCACUACGUCAACUCCUCUACACAUGAACAGUUCCGCAAACUUGGUCUCUGGGUGGAGAGGCAUGACCAAGAGUUGCGACGGGUCCUGGACCGCGAUCCCUAUUUCCCUGAGCGAUACAUUCUCUACGGAGAGUGGGUAUAUGCGACGCACUCCAUUCCAUACACCUCUCUCCCAGACUAUUUCAUCGCGUAUGAUCUGUUUGACCGGAGCACUAAGACCUGGGCAGAUACUGCCACUUUACGACACCUUUUAGGAGAGACCUCCAUUGCAACCGCACCCAUAGUACACGAAGGGACAAUGCCUACCGAGUCUCAACUUUUACGGAUGGUUCAGCAGCCGUCCAUGUUUUAUGACGGAAGGGUAGAAGGUGUCUAUGUGAAGCUCGAGGUCAACAAAUGUGUGAAACUACGUGGCAAGGUCGUACGGAGUGAUUUCAUUUCAGGGAACGAGCACUGGACUAGAGGAGGCGUUCGGGUGAACGGGUUGCGGUUGGAUCAAACUGGGGUAGAGUAG